UGAUGUUUGCUCUAUCCAUGUUGCCGAUUACAACCCUUCAAGCAGUAUCUCAGCUACCCUGUCGUGGCAUGCUCAAGCAUGGCGAUAACUAGAUAAAGAAAUCCUGCAAUGUUCAGAUAACAAUUCUAAUUAUUGUUACCAGGGACAUUUCGCUUAAGAAAAAGGAAUGUUUAGGAAAAGAAGAUUUAUUUUUUCCCAUUUCCUAUUGUCGGUUGUGUCGUAUGGAAAUCAAUACUUUGAUCAGGAAUUCAUAUGAUAUAUAUUCUCGAGAAAGCAUCGUGGUAUCAUGAAGCCAAAAUCACUGGCAUCGUUACUAUCGAUGAUUUUAUCAAAUAAAUUGCGACGUAGACGUUACACAAGCCUGAUCCUCGGCAUUGCCAUGACAUUCAUGUUGUACGCAUCAUUAGUUCAGGAAGAGGAAGGCCACGAAAAAUUAUCUGUGUCUGAUAUUUUUAGGUUUACCAAUCAGGAAAUGCGACCAUCGAAAGGAAUUAUAAUUCACCCAAAAAAGACAUGUGAGAAAGCGUGUAAAAAUAACAUUGUUAUUACAGUUGUGAGCAAAACUUCAAAUACAGAUCGACGACAAACUAUACGACAGACAUGGGGCCAUACGGAAAUGCAAAGGAAAUACAACUUCUGUUUAUUUUUCGUAGUAGGAACUGAAGAAAAUGUUGAUAUAAGUAAAGAAGCAAAUAGUGAAAAUGGAGACAUUGUACAAGUUAAUGUUUCAGAAAACUAUUAUAGAUUAACUGAAAAAGUUAUUGAAACAUUCAACUGGAUUAUAAAUUUUUGUCAAGAACCACGUUACUUUUUCAAAAUGGACGAUGAUGUGUAUUUUGAUCUUGAAUUUCUCAACGAGUUUUACCAGGAUGAAUAUUACCUCCCGGACGAUAUUCUUCUUGGUAGCUGUAAACAAUCGACUGCUGUAUCUAGAGUAAGGUCCAAAUACCAUACCUCAUUCGAAGAAUACCCUUUCGAAUCAUUUCCUCCGUAUUGUGGGGGACCUGGCUACAUGAUGACAAUGAAUACUGCACGGAAAAUAUACCACGAGAUGUUGGUUACAAAAACAUUCAAAUUAGAGGAUGCAUAUUUAGGACUGGCUAUUUAUAAACUCGAUAUACCAGUUAAGAAUGUUGAUAAUUUCAUUUAUGCUUUAGAUGAAAAUGAUGGAUACAUGCAAAACUUCAAUAUCCAUUGUUCCCGAAUUUCACAUGGUUUAACAUAUAAAAAUAUUCAACACUUGUGGGAAAAACGCAACAGAAGAGAAAACAUCAGCGGGGAUUGUUUAUUUUGGGGGAAAUUAAGAUAUACGUUGAGAUAUUUAAGUAGUUUUAUAACUGACCAGGGAAAUGAUUUCAGAAUAUCAGAGUAAUAAAGAGCGAUUUUUACAGAGUACAAAAAAUAUUUAAAAACAUUAUUUCUAAAUCAUAUAUUUGUGUAGUUCUAGUGAUUUCCUUCCUACGAUUUAUAUAUUUAUGCAUCUGUAUCAACAACGCUGAUAAUUAGUAUAACGCUCCAUAAAGCAUUAUUUGUAGUUUGAAACAAAGUGUCAUAAUUAUAUAACAUCACAAUGUACAGUAUCAAAGAUUAAAAGCAUUAAACAAUAUCAAAUGAUAAAUGUCGGAGCCUUAAACAUGUUUCACUUUGACCAUCCCAAUACAGGUUGACAUUAGAGGUCCGAGAGCUGUCUUCUAGCCCAUCUUUGCUUACCAAGAGAGGUCCGAAAGCUAUCUUCUAGCCCACCUUUGCUUACCAAGAGAGGUCCGAGAGCUGUCUUCUAGCCCAUCCUCGCUUACCAAGAGAGGUCCAAAAGCUAUCGUCUAUCCCAUCAUCGCUUACCAAGAGAGGUCCGAAGGCUAUCGUCUAACCCAUCUUUGCUUACCAAGAGAGGUCCGAGAGCUAUCUUCUAGCCCAACUUCGCUUACCAAGAGAGAUCCGAAAGCUAUCUUCUAGCCCAUCUUCGCUUACCAAGAGAGGUUCGAAAGCUAUCUUCUAGCCCAACUUCGCUUACCAAGAGAGGUCCAAAAGCUAUCUUUCUAGCCCAUCUUCGCUUACAAAGGAAGGUCCGAAAGCUAUCUUUUAGCCCACCUUCGCUUACCAAGAGAGAUCCGAAAGCUAUCUUCUAGCCCAUCUUCGCUUACAAAGGGAUGUCCGAAAGCUAUCUUCUAGCCCACCUUCGCUUACCAAGAGAUUUCAGAAAGUUAUCUGCUAACCCAUCUUCGCUUACAAAGAGUUGCGAUUCAGUAAGGUAUUGAACACCGUUGGCAGGCGAAGAUGCUGUAAGUCCCGAUUGUAAUGACUCUAGGGACCUAUCUCACCACAUUCCAUGUCAUUACCAAAGUAGUUCCUCACUGCCACACUGUAAUUGGCGAGGACUCUGUUCCAGGUCUCGUAGGGACUAAAAGUAAUUUUGCUCACACAUUUUUAUGAAGAAAUGAAGCAGAAUACUUUCAAUACAAAACAUAUUUGUUGAUAUGAGUUUACUUUUUCAUCAAUUAAACAUUUAAAUGAAUACUCGACAGUGAAAACUAAUAAGUAAUCUAUUUUUUUUCGGGAAGCAUUGCUGAGUUUGACAUACGAAUUAAUAGCUUG